CGGCCUGACAUUGGAAGUGGCACGGGGUCCUGCAGUGGGUCCUUCCGGGGGGUGACAUUCAGCCGGCCUUUCGGGGCGACGGACCUUCUACCCUAGAACCAUGGCCCAGUUCGUGCGUAACCUCGCAGAGAAGGCCCCGGGGCUGGUGAAUGCUGCUGUGACUUACUCGAAGCCUCGAUUGGCCACAUUUUGGCAUUAUGCCAAGGUUGAGCUCGUUCCUCCAACCCCUGCUGAGAUCCCUACAGCUAUUCAGAGCCUGAAGAAAAUAAUCAAUAGUGCUCAAACUGGUAGCUUCAAACAGCUCACAGUUAAGGAAGCUGUGCUGAAUGGUUUGGUGGCCACUGAAGUGUGGAUGUGGUUUUAUAUCGGAGAGAUCAUAGGCAAGCGUGGCAUCGUUGGCUAUAACGUUUGAAGACCAAUCUUUAACAUCUGAUUAUAUUUGAUUUAUUGUUUGAGUUUUCUUGGACCAUAUAUGAUCAGAUUGCUAUCUGAAUAAAAUAAGAUGUGUCAGA